ACCACCGCCGCUUCCUGUCGCCGCUCCCACUGGAUGCCUUUCUCCAAAGCAGCGCAGUCUUCGGUAGUUCCCCCUCCUCUCCCUCGCCGCACACGCAGACGUUGGUCGCGGCUCUUUUGUCGGCGCUGCUGCCCCCUGGUCUGUCUCCGCGGCUGGGAGGCAGGCAAAGGGGCGGCGGACUUGGCCGUUUCCCGAGGAGUCCUCGCGGGUGCUGCCGCCGCCGCCGCGUAUUGUAAGGCUGUUCCCGGCCACCGGCGGUGCUUCCGUUGUUGUUAUUCCUACCGCUGCUGCUGGCAGUUCCGCCUCGUCUCCCGCGCCGCCUUGCCUCCUUCCCCUCCCGCUUCUGCCGUUUGCUUGAGGCUGACGACUCUCAGCCCCGCCGCUGCCGCCGCUGUGGUGCCUUCACCUCCUCCUGCCUCCUCCUCUUCAGUUCGCUCUGGAGUUCGCUUCAGUUCAGGCGGCGCUGGCAGCGGCGGCAGCAAGCAACGACGGCGGGAAGGGGAGGGAACAGAGGGGCAGGGAGGGGGCAGCGGAGGAGCAGAGGCGGGGCGGCCGUUAAUCAGCGACGGCAACGGUAGCGGCGGCGGCAGAGGCGCCACUUGGCAGAUCCACUCCGCUCCGCCCCUCCAGCUUGCCUGUGAGCGACUGGGGACUCGGUUGACAGCCGGCGGAGCAAGAAGCUGGGGAAUUUUGCCGUUUACUUCAUGGAAGGAUAGGAAAUGUUAAAACAUGUAUUCCGUUGUUACCAUUUAAACACUUGUUAGAUAUGGCAGAAUGUUCACUGCUUCUUGAAAAGCAAUAAGAUUUUAACUGACUCCUACUGUUUAUGUUCUUGUCUUUUGGGAUUUCAAAGUCUGUUGCCUUAAUAAAUAUGUACCAGUUUUCAUUGUAGUUUGUUUUCAAGUUGUCUAAUUUCAUAUGUAGUUGGAUCCACUAAAGUGAUCUACAUUUCAUUUAUUCAAACCCUAUCAUUUACAUCAGUCUCAAUAUUGACAUUACCAUUUUCAUUUACCAUGCUAAGGACUUUCCUGAAUGAAAAAUAACUUCAAGCUAGAUUGAGUUUCAGUAUAAUGUGGCACACAGGGAGUUUGUAGCAAGAGCAACAAUAAGCUAGCUUCCUGAUGAGUUAAAGUAAGACAUAAAAGACCCCCAGAUGAUAUAUAAUGAUCAAAUACAGGGCUUUAGUAGUUAGGACCUUCAAGGAAGCAGCAAAUUAUCUUUGGAGAUGAUCUGCUUCAUCAACCUGGGCAGCUCCAGCACAAGUGACUUCAACUCCCAGAAUUCUCAGCAACAAUCACACUAGUUGGGAGUGUGGGAGUGAAGUUCACGUAUAAUCUAUUCAGGAGGGCCAAAUUGGAUUAAGCAUAUCACAUAUUCUUUGAGUGUGAUAUAAUAGUUAAUGUGAUUAAAAAUGAAUUUGCCACAUGGUAAUUGUAACAAUGACUUAUUUAUAUAUUUAAAACAUACUGAGAUUCUUCUUUCUCAUCACUAAUUCAUAUAGAAUUGAUUGACUCAUUUCUGAGUUGAAUUGAGAUUUACUGUAAUUUUGCCAGUUUUAUUUUGGACAAUGCUUUUUAUUAGCCUUCUCCAUAAAUCUGAAGUGAAAUGCUUUUUAUUAAUCUUAAAAGCUUGUAUCACUAUCAUACUUUAAUAUUAUUUCUCUAUCAAAAGAUAAUUCAAUCUUGCAAAUAACACAAGUGGAAUUUGUUUGCAUAAUGUAAUUCUACAAAUGUCAAUGCUGAGAAGCUGAGUGCUAAUUAUAUGAUCU